AUGGCGGCCCUCUGGCCUCCUGCACCUGCCGCUCCAGAAGCUUUAGCUGCCCAGCUCCUGGGUGUGGUGUGGUUCGUCUCCGCCACUACAGGAUCUUGGGGGGCUGCUGCCAUCGCCUCCCCUGGGGGCGAAGAAACACUCAAAUGCGAGGACCUCAAAGUGGGACAAUACAUUUGUAAAGAUCCAAAAAUAAAUGAUGCCACGCAAGAACCAGUUAACUGUACAAACUACACAGCUCAUGUUCUGUGUUUUCCAGCACCCAACAUAACUUGUAAAGAUUUCAGUGGCAAUGAAACACAUUUUACUGGAAAUGAAGUUGGUUUUUAUAAGCCUAUAUCUUGCCGAAAUGUAAAUGGCUACUCAUAUAAGGUGGCAGUUGCCCUGUCUCUUUUUCUUGGAUGGUUGGGAGCAGAUCGAUUUUAUCUUGGAUACCCAGCCUUGGGUUUGUUAAAGUUUUGUACUGUAGGAUUUUGUGGAAUUGGGAGCCUAAUUGAUUUCAUUCUUAUUUCAAUGCAGAUUGUUGGCCCUUCAGACGGAAGUAGUUAUAUUAUAGAUUACUAUGGAACCAGACUUACAAGAUUGAGUAUUACUAAUGAAACAUUUAGAAAAACACAAUUCUAUCCAUAAAUAUUUUUUAUGAAAAUAAGCAG